UUUUCCCCUUGUUGGAACAAGGAAAACCUCAAAACAGAGACGGUGUGAGAGUGAAAGAGAGACCAAACCAUAAAAACCAAACCAAAGUGUUAAGGAUUACGUAUACAACAACAACAACAGCAAGCAAUGGCUUCAUGUUACUCUGCUACUUCAUCUUCUCUUCGCACAACGAACUCCAUGGCCAUGGCCAUCAAGGGUGUCCUCUCCUUCGCUCCCUCCUCACCUCCUCUCCUUCAUCUUCCCCAGAACUUCACCUUUGUUUCAUUCCGUGCUUCCCCAAAACCCCCCACCAAGCCUCUUCAAGUGAGAUCGGUGGCUGCUCCUGCAGAAGCUGUAGCAGGGUUUGAUGACAUGGUUUCUGGGACUGAGAGGAAGUAUUACUUGCUAGGUGGGAAAGGUGGGGUAGGGAAGACCAGUUGUGCUUCUUCGCUUGCUGUUAAAUUUGCCAACAAUGGUCACCCCACUCUUGUGGUUUCCACUGAUCCAGCACAUUCUUUGAGCGAUUCUUUUGCACAGGAUUUGACAGGCGGGCUAUUGGUUCCAGUGGAAGGACCUGAUUCUCCGCUUUUUGCUCUUGAAAUAAACCCCGAGAAGGCUAGGGAAGAGUUUCGAAAUGCAGCCAAAACAAAUGGUGGAAGUGGUGGAGUCAAAGACUUCAUGGAUGGAAUGGGUCUUGGAAUGAUUGUAGACCAGCUGGGAGAGCUAAAACUUGGAGAGUUACUGGAUACACCUCCUCCUGGACUGGAUGAAGCUAUUGCAAUUUCCAAGGUCAUUCAAUUUCUUGAAUCACCAGAAUAUAGCAUGUUUACUCGUAUAGUAUUUGACACGGCACCUACGGGUCAUACAUUGCGGUUAUUGUCCUUACCUGAUUUCUUGGAUGCCUCCAUCGGGAAGAUACUAAAGCUAAGACAAAAGAUAGCUUCUGCUACCUCAGCAAUCAAAUCCGUUUUUGGACAAGAAGGAACUCGACAGGAUGCUGCAGACAAAUUGGAGAAACUUAGGGAGAGGAUGAUAAAAGUGCGUGACCUAUUUCGUGACACGGAUUCGACAGAAUUUGUCAUUGUUACAAUCCCCACGGUGAUGGCAGUUAGUGAGUCAUCUAGAUUGAGUGCAUCCUUGAAGAAGGAAAGUGUUCCUGUGAAGAGACUUAUCGUCAAUCAGAUUCUUCCACCAUCUGCAUCUGAUUGCAAGUUUUGUUCUAUGAAAAGAAAGGAUCAGACGCGUGCUCUUGAUAUGAUUCAGAAUGACCCAGAACUCUCCUCCUUAUUGAUGAUUCAAGCACCCCUUGUUGAUGUAGAGAUAAGAGGUGUUCCAGCUCUCAAAUUUCUGGGUGACAUAAUUUGGAAAUGAUCAAUACAGUAAUUGGCGUAAUGAUCAGUUUUAUGGAGAACCAUAGACUCGCGGCGCAUGAUAUUUAUAGUGAAGUUGUAGAGCUGCUGAGAUAUUCAAGUUCUAGGUGCUGGCAGUACUUAACACUUAACAGGCAGUGACUUCCAAUAUUUACAAGCUAGAACCAGAAAAUUACUUGGUUUUUUUCCAUUAAAAACACAUUUUAUUGUAAAUUUACUUAAACUUCUUUUUGGUCUCUCAAGAGAAUGUUUACUUGUAUAUGUGUCACACACACAAGAAAGAACUACAUUAAACAAAUGUAUGAUCGGUUUUCUGAGAUACAAUUGCACUUUGACUGUGGUUUGAUAUCAA